AUGUUCGCAGCCAUCACUCCAGCCAUUUUUAUUGGUUCAGUUAUCGGAAGGAUCAGAGUUUCCUUCCUGAUUGUGCUGACCAUCGCCUUCAACAUCAUCGUUUAUUCGCCUGUUGCCUUCUGGAUGUGGAAUCACGAUGGAUGGCUAUUCAAGAUGGGGGCAAUCGAUUUCGCGGGUGGAAAUGUGAUUCACAUUCCUGCUGGUUUUGCUGGUCUUGCCUCUGCUUUUUACUUAGGACAUGGUGAGAAGAAGAGCUAUAAGCAAAACUCAGCAAGUAUUUCGCUGACUUUGAUCGGAACUGCCAUCCUCUGGAUUGGAUGGUUCGGAUUCAACGGAGGAUCUGCACUUGCUUCUGGCCAACUUGCAGCAAUAGCCAUAACUAACAGUCACCUGGCUGCCUGUGCGGCUGGACUAGGGUGGGCAGCUAUGCAAUACCUUAUCACUGCCCAGCCGAGCAUCGUUGGGUGGUGCUGUGGAGCCAUCUGCGGUUUAGUUGCUAUCACUCCUGCUGCAGGUUAUGUUAAUCUCUGGGCAGCACCUAUCAUCGGAGCACUCGGAGGAAUUUUCUCAUAUCUUUUCUGCCACUUCAAAUCCAAGCACUUCGAAGAACUUGCAGAUACACUUGAUGUCUUUGGAUGUCAUGGCAUCAGUGCUGUCUGGGGUGGCAUUGCGGCUGGAUUUUUCGCAACCACAGAUUCUUCGAAACACAAACAGGCCUCUUCUAUGGAAACGGAAGACAGUUGGGAGUUAAUAUACUAUCUAUUGUGGUCGCAGCUGCAUACUCUUUUGCUAUGA